AUGCGUCAGGAUCGCCCUUGCAAGCGCUGCAUCAAGAGAAACAUUGGGCAUUUGUGCCAUGACGAGCCAAGAGAGGGCCACGGAUAUCACAAGAAAUCCAAAGCCGAUUCUGAUGCCACCGGUGCGGACGACACAUCUCCAAACAGGGAUGAAUACGCCACCGCGACACCAAAUCUGGGACCUCCAGCCUUAAUGGACGACAAUGGACAUAACUUGAUGCAAGAUGACAAUGCCGGGAUGAGACACGCGACCGACGCCCCCAUAGCAUCUUCUAAUCCUAGCGCCCCUGCGCAGACUGGAGGCAUCAAUGGUAACAGUCAAUCCCAUUUCGGGUAUAACGAUCCAUGGCUGGGCGUCCAAAAUCGUUUUCACGACAUGCAUGCCUUUCACCCCAAUUUUAUGUUUAAUGCCAAUGAAGUCACGGACGAAUUCAACCUGCUCAACGAUUUCCUCAGCACCAGCUUAUUUGAGGAAACAGGCAUGUAUUCUACUGACGAGUUCGGUGGCCAUUACGAUCCGUCGUUUAUGAGUUCAAUGGCCGAGGCUGGGCUUCCUGCACCAGGUUCCGAGCCUUUGGCCGGUCAGCAGCAGCCUGCCAAUCUCGUCACAAACCAGAGCAAUGCUGCUCAAGGCGCGCUCAUUUCAAGACCUUCCAGUGUCAAACCCAUAUCGGACAAAGCAAGAGAAAAGUACUACAUGAUGGCGGCGGAUCCAAUCGGCACAGAGCCUCCUGAGGAGCGAAUGAACAAGCUCCUCAAAGCCAAAUAUGAUGCCGGCAUGCUUAGACCGUUCAAUUAUGUUAAUGGCUAUGCGAGGCUCAACAAGUACAUGGAAAAGAACAUGAAGCAUUCAUCUCGACAUAAAAUCUUGAUGCAGCUGGACCAAUUCAGACCCAAGUUUCGGGAGCGUAUGCAGAGCUUGACUGAUAUUGAACUUGUCUUGGUUGAGAUGUGGUUUGAAAGAAGCCUCAUGGAAUAUGAUAGAAUUUUUGCUAGCAUGGCCAUUCCUGCUUGCUGCUGGAGGAGAACCGGUGAGAUCUUUCGAGGGAAUAAAGAGAUGGCUGAAUUAAUUCAUGCCCCGAUUGAAUCACUCCGUGAUGGCAAGUUGGCCAUUCAUGAGAUCAUUGUUGAAGAUCAAUUGGUUAGCUACUGGGAGAAAUUCUGUGCGAUUUGCUUCGACCAACAGCAAAAAGCGAUGCUCACAAGCUGCACCCUUCGUUGCCCGGUAGCAGGCUCUAAUAUAGCCGAGAUCCCGUGUUGCUUCUCUUUUACCAUCCGCAGAGACAAUCACAAUAUGUGA